AUGGCUCAUCCAGUGCGUGAGCCAGUGGCUAGCUUCGAGUAUGACAUGGGGGGGCAGGAUGGGGCCCUCACCUUUGAUGAGGUGGGCUCCAAAUUGGAGCAGUUUUGUGAUGUCAUCCCAAACCAUCCAGGCACAAUCUCGCAGCAAUUCUUCGAUGAUGUUGUCUAUAAGAAGUGCGCACAGGGUCUCUACAAGGAGCUACCCGAGCCUUGGCGUCUUCGCAAAGAACCUUCUGUGCCCUACAGCAUGCAGAUUGUCAUCCUGCCUGAUCCAUCAACUCCCAAUGCAGAGAAUGGUGCCCGGGAAAGUGUCCUCAUUUUCAAGCACGUCUACCUCCACAAAAACAAGCUUCCAGUCAAGGACUGCUCAGAUUGUUGCUGUGGAAUGGCCAUGAAGUUUGAUUGGGGAACCCAUAGGGUGGCAUUGAUGGCAUUCAACUUCAUGUUGGAUAAGGUCGGUGGCAAGCAAAUUCGGUUCUGGUGUGUUCAGCCCAAGUUCCAGAAGAAGCUCACGAUCGACAACCAGGCCCGUGCAGACGGCUACCGCUUCAUUAGGGACCAAGGCCCACGUGCCAAUAACCAGAACCAAUUCAUGGAAUGGACGGACGAACAGAUCCACACCCCAGGGAGUCCCAUUGAAGGAUGGCAGGAAGGCAAAGUCAACCAGGCCUUGCACAAUUACAUGCGCGGACGGCAAAAUGCCAAAACCUUGGAGUACUGGCCUUUCACCCUUAAGAGCUUCGUCGAUUGGUUCUUUGAUGGCGUCCUUGUCACCAUGUUGCCCUCCAUCCGCCAGCAUGGGAUCACAUGGAUAGGCAGGACACGAACUGGGAAGUCGCUUGGGUCCAAGACCAUUCUCUUCGCCCAGUCCAAGUUUGAGAUCGACCGGGAUGAGCGUGAGGAUUUGGUGCCCUCCAUUGUCACAGCCAAACACUUGGAUUUCUUCAAAGCGGAACCCAUUACCAAGUAUAAGCCCGGCGUCUUCGAUGAUGGCAUGCUCCAGAAAAUGGAUGCCUCAUUCCUCAAAGCUUUCAUCAACCCAUCUGACCCUUAG